CGGCCGCCAGCCGCCGAGCAUCGUCGGAGGUCCCGUGGGUCUGCGUCUUGCUUCAACAGUGUUUGGACGGAGCAGCCCCGGGGACUCCCUUUGCUUCCAGCCGCUUCCCAGCCUCUGCAGCCGCCGCAGCCUUUGGGACCGUCUCCUCGCCGCCCUCGGCGCCCAGGACCAGUCAGCACCGUCACUUUGCGGCUCGCUCCCCACAGCGCAUCAGCCAUGGCCUCCCAGAUCCGUCAGAACUACUCCACCGAAGUGGAAGCCGCCGUGAACCGCCUGGUCAACCUGCACCUGCGGGCUUCCUACACCUACCUCUCUCUGGGCUACUAUUUUGACCGGGAUGACGUGGCGCUGGAGGGCGUGGGCCACUUCUUCCGCGAAUUGGCCGAGGAGAAGCGCGAGGGUGCCGAGCGUCUCCUCAAGUUUCAGAACGACCGCGGGGGCCGCGCACUCUUCCAGGAUGUGCAGAAACCAUCUCAAGAUGAGUGGGGUAAGACCCAGGAAGCCAUGGAAGCUGCCUUGGCCCUGGAGAAGAACCUGAACCAGGCUCUCUUGGAUCUUCAUUCCCUGGGUUCUGGUCACACGGAUCCUCAUCUCUGUGACUUCCUGGAAAGCCACUUCCUGGAUAAGGAGGUGAAGCUCCUCAAGAAGAUGGGCAACCACCUGACCAACAUCCGUAGGGUGGCGGCCCAGCCAGCGCAGACUGGCGCACCCCAGCCGGCUCUGGGCGAGUAUCUCUUUGAGCGCCUCACUCUCAAGCAUGAUUAGGAGGCCUCGCCUUCCGAGGGGCUCCCUCCGCUCUGCACCAGCCAGCCUCAGGACCUUCACCCGAACCUCUCAAGCCACUAGGCAGCUUUGUAACCGCCCUGGAGCCCCUCCCAGGUCUUGGACCAAGUGAAAAUAAAGCUUUUUGAAACAGCA